CUCGCAGGGGGAGUGAGGCGCGUUCACGGACUAUAAAAAGCGCGUGCUCGGGAAAGACGCUCGGGUCCGACAGCUGCCCUUCAGCCGCACAGACGCUCAGUAUGGCCGCCAAGAGAGUCUGCAUUAUCGGCUCCGGCAACUGGGGCUCCGCCAUUGCCAAGAUCAUAGGAGCCAAUGCGGCAAAGUCCAACACGUUCGAGAGCACGGUGAACAUGUGGGUGUUUGAAGAGAUGGUGAACGGACGAAAACUCUCAGAAAUCAUCAAUACAGAACACGAGAACGUCAAGUACCUGCCGGGACACAAGCUACCACCUAAUGUGGUGGCCGUUCCAGAGCUGUUGGAUGCUGUGAAGGAUGCAGACAUUCUGAUCUUCGUCAUUCCUCAUCAGUUUGUGUCCAGGGUGUGUGACACCAUCAAAGGUCACAUCAAACCUGACACUGUUGGGAUGUCUCUCAUCAAGGGUGUGGAUGAGGGUCCUGAAGGACUGAAACUCAUCUCUGAUGUCAUCAGAGAGCAGCUGGGCAUCGUGAUGACAGUGCUGAUGGGAGCCAAUCUGGCCAAUGAGGUCGCUGAGGAGAAAUUCUGUGAAACUACAAUUGGAUGUAAAAGCAAAGCUCACGGGCCACUGCUGAAGGAACUCAUGCAGACACAAAACUUUCGUGUGACGGUAGUGGAGGAGGCGGAUGUUGUGGAGAUCUGUGGAGCGUUAAAGAAUAUUGUAGCUGUUGGUGCUGGUUUCUGUGACGGCCUGAACUUCGGUGACAACACUAAAGCCGCCGUCAUCCGUCUGGGUCUGAUGGAGAUGAUCGCCUUCGCUCGGUUAUUUUGCACGGCCAGUCCCGUCUCUCCCGCCACGUUUCUGGAGAGCUGCGGCGUCGCCGACCUCAUCACCACCUGCUACGGGGGACGCAACCGCAAGAUCGCAGAGGCCUUUGCUAGAACGGGGAAAUCCAUCGAGGAGCUGGAGAAGGAAAUGUUGAACGGACAGAAACUUCAGGGUCCGGCGACCGCAGCAGAAGUCAAUCAUAUCCUCAAACACAAGAACCUGGUUGAGAAGUUUCCUCUGUUUAAUGCAGUCUAUCAGAUCUGUUUCCAGGGUCAUCCCGUCAAAGAGUUCAUCACAUGUUUACAGAAUCACCCAGAACACAUGUAACCAAACAAGCCUCAGAUCUCUGAACCCCGAUUGCUUUUACACACAACAGCACAUUUAAAAGUGUUUCACAGUGCCUCUUUUUGUAAUGUGAGUGUUUAAUAGUCACUUUAAAGGCAGAGCUACAAUACCGUCAGAUGCACAAAUCUGAUCACGAUGCUGCUUGGAAUGGACAUUAUAUUGUCUUUAACACAGAAUUGAAACUUUUACUUAUCUUUGUCUCAAUGUUGCGUAUAUCUAAAGACUUUAUUUACUCUGAAAGACCUUUUAAUUGAAGUUAGUCUUGGACGCUCAUAGUUUUCUUAACAUUAGGCUUAGCUUGUCUUUUCUUUAGCAGCCAAGAUAAAAGUGCCUUAAAGUUAAGUCCACAUGAACAACAUCAUUUUCACGAAAACUGCUUCUGGAAAUGUCUGUAUAUGCAAGAAGUGCCAUAAAACAAGUGUCAUCAGUCACAA